AUGAUGUUCAAUUGGCCACUCUUCAUUACAUGUAGCUAUGCUCCUGAUGGUGCACAUAAGCCUUUAAUAAACAGCUUGCCAAGAUCGAAGUUAGGGACCAGAGCAACAACCAUUAAAAGGGAUUUAUCUGUGGUUGGUACUGGUGUUGGUGGGGUUGGUGGUGAUAUUGAUAGUACUGGUGGUGGUGCUGGUAAUGUUGGUGAUACUGGUGUUGGUGGUGGUGGUAAUGCUGGUGGUAUUAAUGGUGGUGCUGGUGGUGGUGUUGGUGGUCGUGAUAUUAAAACUUCCCACACCUUAGAAAAAUAUUCAACUGAUGGUGGUGGUGGUAAUGGUGUUGUUGGUGGUAUUGGUGUUGGUCAUGAUAUUAGAACUCCCUACACCUUAGAAAAAUAUUCAAUUGUUGGUGUUGGUACCUCUAAGGUGAAUUCUUAA